GCGGCAGCCGUUGGGCCCAACCGUUCCCCUCGCGCCGCCCGGCCGCUGCCGCUAUCGUUGGUCCGCCCGGGUGGGGCGGCCACGGAGAAGGGCUCUGCCGGCUCUCCGGUGGAAGCGGGCUUAGGGGCCCAUUGCCGGUCGGCGGUGGCCGUGGGGUGGAGCUGCAAGCGACUGGGCGCCUUCCGCCCCCAGCCGCUGGGCUGAGGGCUCCUGCGCCGGGCACCGCGCUGCCUUUCUCCUCACCGGGCCUGUAGGGUGACAAACAGCGGCGUGCCUCAGCGUGCCGGCGACAGCUGGGCUGCUGGCGGCCUGUUGCUCCAGUCGUACAAGCCAGUUCGGGGAGAUCCGUGACUGAACUUGGAACGGCGCUGAUGGCCCAAGUUGCUUUUGCAGGUACGAUGGCUCGUGUCUUCGUCUACGGCACACUGAAGAAGGGCCAACCCAACUACAAGCACAUGAUCAACACGGCCAAGGGGCUAGCAAAAUUCCAAGGAAGGGGCCGCACGGCAGAGAAGUACCCACUGGUGAUAGCAGGAAAAUACAACAUUCCUUACAUGCUGAACAUCCCGGGGACAGGACACCACAUUGCUGGGGAGAUUUACACGGUUGAUGAUCAGAUGCUGCAGUUCCUGGAUGAGUUUGAAGGCUGCCCAGACAUGUACCAGCGUACCCUGAAGAGAAUCGAGGUGGUGGAGUGGGAAGGGAAGGGCGGCGCGGGUGAGGGUGUCAUGGAGUGCUUCGUGUACAGCACAACGACGUACCCACCCGAGUGGGUCAGCCUUCCCUACCAUGACAGUUACGACUCCUCCGGGAAACAUGGCCUCUCCUACGUCCUACGUGAAAGCCGGGAUUAGAAAUGGGAGGUAACACAGCCCGGCCGAAGAUGUAGUACUAAGCCCAUGUCGACGAGUAACCCUCCCAGGAAAGUUGUAAUACCUUUCUAUUAAUACAGGAUAUCUUGUAACCUUCCCAACCCAGGCGCCUUGGCACUACUGUUCAAGUCUUGCAGGCCCAGAGGUGGGGACUCGUCCCCAGUCAGUGUCCUCCUCAUCCCCGCUAACCUGCUGCCAGUCACCAGGUUUGCAUGAAGUGUAAAAAUCACUGUAUCUGUGCACAUCUGUUCUGAGGUCCAGUUAUUUUUCUCCAUUUCCCCCCUUUGCCUCAGUCACUGAGGUCACUGAAAAGCAGAGGAACAGACCAAUUUUAUUUUUUUUACCUGACUUGACAAAUUUUCUUGUGUAGUUCUCCAAGGUGGCUGGAAUAAUGAUGAUACUAUUGCACUAACAGCUGAAACAGAGUAAAAAAAUUCAUGUCUGCAAACAGAGUAAAAAAAUUCAUGUCUGCAAACAGAGUAAAGCACAACUCACAUAUAAUACUGACUUGUAAUGGUUUUUAGUAGAUUACUGAAUGUAGAUGGGGAGAGAUGACAUAUAGAUAUUACGCACUUUAAGACAUAUUAAAUUGCUGGAGAAACUGAGAAAAUUUAAAGACUAUUCUUGUUCUCUGUUGUUUUCCCGAGCUGGAAAAGAGUAUUUUAAAAACAUAUUUAGUUUUAUAAGGUACUGUGAAGAAGUAUUUUAAAAGUAUAAGAAAAUUACAUUUAAAAUUACCAUUUUAAUUUAGCUUUCUAAGCACUUCAGGCACCACCUCAGUUCACUGAGUGACUGUGGGGUUGGGGAACAGGGGUUGGUAUUGGGGACCAGGAAAAGCAAACCUGGUAUCAGCUGCCCACCACACUACGGCAGCUGCAGCUGUUGUGAGCACUUACCAUCAAGGUGACUUUUACUCAAGCAUGAUGCAGAACUUGAAACCAUAUGCAAACUGAAUUGCUUAUCGAGGGAAAGAUUUUUUUGUAUACAUUAUAAAAAAAAAAUAUCCAAAGGAUCAGGAGUAUGAUUAUUGCAACAUUAAACUGGAAAAAAAAGUAAAAGAAGACUAUUGCCCCCCUGACCCAACCAACUGUGCUGGUUUCUGUACAAUCUGGGAAAAUUGUCGCUUUCUGUUAUGUUGCUGUGCCUUAUAUUUUCUUUCAAAUGCAGUGUUUGGUACAUAUAGAUUGUACAGUAUACAAAGCUGCCAAAGGGAUGUGAGCGGGGAACGUAAGCCAUGCAGUGAGCCAAAGUACAAUUCAAUGUCUCGAGGAUGCCAUUAAGAACAAUAUUGUACUUUUGCUUCAUUGCCAGUAGCACCGUGAUGGCCUGAGGAGAUCUGGGGCACGGAUCAGCCUAGAGAUCCAGGGUAAGACAUCCGCCUGAACUGACCAGGAACAGGCACUGCCACCUCUCAUUCAGAAAAACAGACAGAAAGCUUGGGUUGCUGCAGGAGGCAAAUUAAGUAGUUUUAAAGUAGAAUAGUCACGUUUCUCUUCACCACACUACUUUUUUUUCAGUUUAGGGCAACCUGCAGAAGCUGAGCUGUGCCCCUUUGGAAGGGCAAGGUGGCAUUAAGGAGAUUUGUAGGAAAAACUGCAGGGUGUCUGCCUCAGUUUCUCUGGCUCCAAAAGCAUUCGCUUUCCUUUUGGGCAGGCACUACCCAAACACUCUCUUUCCUCAUCUUGAUGGGUUUUUUUAAACUAAUUAACAAAGGCAGAUCCUUGUACUACAUUAUUCCAUCUUGGCUGUGUGAUUUAGUUGGCAGCUUCUCAAUCACAUGAAAAAAUGCCUCUUUAAUCAAAAGUUUCAAGCAGAAUGAACCAUUCUGGUUAAACAUGAGUCAGCAGCCCCGCCACAGCCUGUUUUCAUCCUUCACCUUCCAGUAAAUGGCCCAGGCACCUCUGGCCAGAGGGGUUUUUCUGGGAAGUUGUGUGACUCUGCACAUUCUAGACAAGAAAAUGAGAGCAGGUCCCCUCCUCUCCGGGACAGUGGUCAAGGCACAGCAGGAACAGCCCAGGAGCACGCAGCAGUGGGGACCCAGGGAAUAGCACGGGGACAGAGAAGAUGAUGCUCACAGUGUGCAGGUGUCGCUGUUCUGGUGAGCUGCAGGUGCUGGCUUACUGAGGGAAGUCAAUUAAUGGAAGCAGGAGCCUCUGAGAACCACACAUUAACAUUAUGAACCCAGUAAAAUCUUCUGGUAUCUUCACCAUCCUGCAGCACUGAGUUCCUGAAUGAGGAGGGGAAAAGAAAAAUACAUCCUCUUACCUGUUCUGAGCAAGUCACCAGCGCUCUCACUUCUGUUCAAGUCUUUUACAUCUUCCUCCUCUCCAGGUGCUCUGCUUUCCCAACACUGGAUAUGCAGCUCUUCCAGCAGGAUAUAGUCCUGUGUUACGAACAGCCCUAGUUCUUCACGCAGGCUUUAGCAAGAGCCUCUGCACAACAAAAGAUCAGACACUUGGGUGUCCCUUUCGUGUAGGAGUUGGGACUUGGCCUGAGGGACAGCAAGUGCCUCUAGCAACACCCUGGGGUGGCCAUGGGGCAGCUCCUUCUGGAAGGACUUGCAUCCAGUGAUCAACAGAAAGAAGAUAAAGGGGAGGAAAAUUUGAGUAUGGAGUCUGAAUACAAGAAGAAAAUUCCCUUACAACUGUAAAUGAAAAUACACAGGGAAAGUCUGCACUAGCAAAAUAAAACAUCUAACCUGUAAUUUAAAUCUAGUCUAUACAAAGGCUUCAAAAUAUUACAGAGCAGAAUUUAAGCCAUCAGCAGUAUUUUUUCAGUGCUUACACAGAGUGUAGGAAAACUGCUUGCUUAACCACCCAGUGGUUAUUUUUCACUCUUACCAACUAUUUUGUACAGUUUGGGGCCUCAAACCAGUGAUACUAUAAUGGAGAAGAUGAAUCGGAUAUGGGCUUUUGUUUUCUUUUUUUUUUUUUUAAAGAGGCUUUUCCUGUUUUAAAGCAGAAAUGGUAUUUUAUUGAUUUUAUUUGAUCCUGGAAAAAAAUCAAAGAAUUACAAAGGUUAUGUACAAGUAUUUCUGGACGUAAAAAUCUGGGAUCUGUUGCCAAGGUUUAACAUCUGUGUUUGCUGCCUUAACCACUGAUGAUACAAUAAAUAUGACUGUAUAAAAUCCGGCACAUAGGACUGUCCAUCUUCCGUGUUGAAUUGCCUUAAUUUUACUUUAUGGAUGGAAAUAAUAAAGGUUUAGCUAAUUCA